AUGGUAGCUCGUGGACUCGCAGCAUCGCCGCCCAUUAGCCCAAUUGUGGAGGCCUUACUUGCCACACUGUGUCUAUACAUCUGCCGGGGAGAAGCCAGAAUGCUCGCGAGAGAGGACGACAGAGAUCACCUCCGGCCGCUCGUUCGGCGGACGUUCGAUCCGGUCCGGGGAAGGCGCGCCGCGGGGGCCGACGCGGACAAUGGCUGGCCUUCGGGAGGAAUGGCGCGGCCUCUGCGGCAGCGGCGCUUCAAUAGCGGCGGGAGGGAGAGACUUCCAGAAACUUGGGAUGGCAAGAAAUCUUACCGCACCUGCUACUACCUGGAGUUCGUGUGCGCCAACGGCGAGUGCGUGCGGCCCGGGCGUGUGUGCGACGGCGCGCCGGACUGCGUCGACGAAUCCGACGAGGCCAACUGUACAGCAGCGGACUUCGCGAUCUGCGGCAACGGCAGGCGCGUGCACAGGCACUGGUGGUGCGACGGCUGGACCGACUGCAAAGACAACCACGCCGACGAACUCAACUGUGGACCGUGCAACGCCAGGCAGUACAGCUGUUCCGACGGCCAGUGCAUAUCAGCUGGCAACGUGUGUGACGCCCAGUGCGACUGCGUGGACUGUGGCGACGAGACAGACUGCGAGGAAUAUUACACUGUCAACUCAGGAGUCCCAGAGUGCCACAAGGGCGUGGCACUGACUUGCGUGGUGUCCCCAUUAGACAGGAAGAAGGACAGAUGCAUUGCCGCCCGGAACAUCUGCGACGGAUUCAACGACUGUCACAACGGGGAGCAGGUGUCGGACGAGUACGGUUGCCUGAACGAGAGCGCCAACUGCGCGCUGCUGGAGGACCAGGAGGGCACGCUGUUCCCGUGCUCCGACGGCCGGUGCCUGCCCGCGCACCUGCGCUGCGACGGCAAGAGGGACUGCCUGCGCGGCGAGGACGAGAACGAGGACCUGUGCGGCGAGGUCGUCUGCGGCCGCGGCAAGUGGCGCUGCAGCGGCGGGCAGUGCAUCCCGGAAACCAGCCGCUGCGACCUGGCGCUGGACUGCGAGGACAAGACGGACGAGAUGGACUGCGAGGAGCACGUGUGCCCGCCGGGGAAGAUGCAGUGCGACUCGGGCCAGUGUUUGGAGGCCAAAUACUGGUGCGACCACUUCGUCGACUGCUUCGAUAAAUCGGACGAGAGCAAUUGCGGCGAGUGGACGGGCUGCGGCCUCGACGAGUUCAUGUGUUCCUCGGGCGACCAGUGCAUCCCGCAAGCCCACCGCUGCGUCCUCUCCACCGACCCUCGCUACGGCUGCGCGGACGGCUCGCACCUGCUGGACUGCAAGGAGCCCAGCUGCCCGGCCGACAUGUUCAAGUGCCACUCGGGGCCGUGCCUGGAGAAGUCCCGCGUGUGCAACCAGUACAUCGACUGCCCCUACACUUGGGACGACGAGAACUCCUCCACAGAUCAGAAGUGCCCGUUCCCUUGCUCGAUCCAGGCCCCGCAGUGCCAGUGCCAGCACCUGGAUGCCAACUGCUCCGGCCUCAGCCUAAGGGCCUUCCCCGACAUGGACAAGGGCAUCAGUCGCUUAGACUUGGCGCGCAACCAGAUCAGGUACUUGUACAACGGAACCUUCCAGAACCUGUGGCGUCUCCGGAUCCUUGAUCUGAGCGAGAAUCAGCUGACGAUUCUGAGCGACGGCGCCUUCACUGGCCUAAGGAAUCUCCGGACGCUGCAUCUCCAUGGCAACCAGAUAACAACUCUGCGUUACUACGCAUUUUACGGCCUCAGGAACUUGCCAACUCUGGACCUCAGCAGCCAGCUUAUUCACUCCAUUGAGCCCCAGGCCUUUGUAGGGCUUAGAAACCUCACUACACUGAGCCUGGCUAACAACGUCCUCACGGUGGUGGAUGACGCAGCGUUUUCGGGCUUGGGAAACCUGAAGAAGUUAGACCUGAGAUACAACGCCCUCCAGAGCCUUAGUGAGCAGCUGUUUCACACCGUCCCUCGGCUGGAUCACCUAGAGACGGACGAGUUCCGGUGGUGCUGCCUGGCGCGGGCCGUGCGGACGUGCCUGCCGGCGGCCGACGAGUUCUCCUCGUGCGAGGACCUCAUGUCCAACCUGGUGCUCCGCGUCUGCAUCUGGAUCCUGGGCUUCGUGGCGCUCGUCGGCAACACCUUCGUUAUCCUCUGGAGGAGCAUCUACUCUAGCAAGAAUAAGAUGCACUCGUUCCUGAUCGUAAACCUUGGGCUGGGCGACCUGCUCAUGGGCGUGUACCUGCUGAUCGUGGCGGCGGUGGACGUGCAGUACCGCGGCGUCUACUCGGCCUACGAGCUCGUGUGGAAGAACUCGUUCCUGUGCCAGUUCGCCGGGUUCAUCAGCACCUUUUCCUCCGAGCUGUCCGUGUUCACUCUGACAGUCAUCACCGUCGACCGCCUCAUCACGAUCAAGUUCCCCUUCGACGUGCUGGAGCCGAGCGUCAUGCGCGGGGUGAUGGCGGGCGUGUGGGUGUGUGUGGGCGUCCUGGCAGCGCUCCCGCUCUCCCGCUUGGACUACUUCGGCAAUUUCUACGGGCGGUCGGGCGUCUGCCUCGCCCUGCACAUCACCAACGAGAAGCCCGACGGCUGGGAGUACGCCGUCUUCAUCUUCCUCGUGCUGAACUCCGUGUCGUUCACGGUGAUCGCCGUCAGCUACGCCCUCAUGUAUGUGGCGGCGCGGGACACGCAGUCGGCCGUGCGCCCCAGCACGGGCGCGGGCGUGCACGGGGCGGACGCGCGGGCGAGCGAGGGGGCCAUGGCCAAGCGCAUGACGCUCAUCGUGGCCACCGACGCGGCCUGCUGGCUGCCUAUCAUCGUGCUCGGGGUGCUGUCCCUGUGCGGCAUCGCGGUGCCCAGGAAGGUCUUCGCGUGGAUCGCCGUCUUCGUCCUCCCGCUCAACGCCGCCGUGAAUCCGGUGCUGUACACGCUGUCGACGGCCCCCGUGCGGCUCCGCGCAGGGCACGCCUGGCGGUCCGUGCGAAGCACCACGAACAGCAAGAGCAACAGGAACAGGUCGAACCGCACAGGGAAGUGGUGCUCAUCCUUCCGGAGUCGCCUGAGCACCGAAGUGACCGAUAUGCCCCCCUCCAGCGACCAGCGGCUUCUCAGCUCCAAGGUGCCCAUCUGUGUGUACACAUCAGUCAUCCCACGGGCUACAGAGCCCCUCCACUACACCCAUAAGAUCCUGGACGCAGGCAUGGAGAACGCCGCUUCAGGGCGAGGCGACGCGACCAUGAACUCCAGCGAGGGGGGAGUCCUCAUGCCUCUCUGCCCGAGGGACAGCAGCACGCCCGAGCCCAAGGAAGAACCGGGGUCGCUGGAACUCGUCCCCUUGGAAGAGCUGACGACACCCCUGCAGCCCUCCUCCGCCCGUAGGUCCUCCAGGAGACACAGCAGGAGGAAGAACCACUCUGAUCAUCGGACUCAUAAGGCUCGACCAGGAAAUGGAAAUAUAGAAACCCAGAAAAGAUAAGAAAUGAAGUGCACAUAGAAGCCCGGAGGACUUAUGCCAAAGCAUCUGCCAAGCAGUCUACUAUUUGUUCAGCUCUGGUUAUACCAAAUAUAAAUUCCCGAGAUAUUACCAUUUUUGGUGGCGUUUCUGUAUCAAAUGUAAAAACCUACAUCAUGUCUAGAUUAAGAUAUUAUUUUAUUAUUUUCAGUAAAUUAUGUGUAAUACAUUCCUAGCCUGUUAUUUCCAGUAUGAUGUGUUUAAGCAAUGUAUGUGUGCCAAUGUAUAAGUAACUGCAUAUUUAUCUACACAGACUGGCAUAAAAGUGACAGUGUGAGAGAAAAAAGCAAAUAUAAAUAUUUUAAAAUGGGUGUAUACAGAUUUCAAACCUUUUACUGCUUGCAUGGAUCUGAAUUAGCACCGCCUUCUCUUCUCUCAUAAUUGGUAUCCUCCCUCUCUGUGUAUUUCAAGGUCUCCUACUUUGAAAAAGAAAAGAUAUCUAUGGGCAACAAUUUAGGAAUGUGGAAUAUUUAUAAAUCUUCUCCAUAUCUAUCGCCCUUCCUUCACUCACCAUAUAAGAUUUCAUAAUAACAGUGCAUUAAAAAUAGCAAUCUUAAUGCAUAGUAAAUUUUCUAUAGAUACAUAUAACUAUUCUUCCUCCAUAAAGAAAGUAAUCUUUCUAGUCAAUAUACAGUAUUAGUAUACAAUAAAGCAAUAUGCAGGCAAUUUACAGCAGUUCUUUCUGCAUAAACUAGAAGGCAGCUGUCAAAUAAGAUCUUUCUCAGAGAUACCUAAAAAAUGAAGACAGUUUAUUAGCCUUAUGGGCCAUAGCCUAAACAUGCUUAAUACAGUACUUCAACAAGAAGUAUUUCAUUAUGUGUAUCAUAUAAGAACCAAGACAUUGAUACAGUAACACUGACUGCUUUAUUCAAGUUAGAAAUGCUCAAUUUUCAUCCUGGCAUAUGAAGAAUUCUUUUUCCAUGAAAUUGAAUUUCAAACAUCAUUAGUUGCUGCCCUCUCUGCAUGGCAGCAAAACCUCCAAGCAAAAGAACUCAUGACCAUCCAAAAAGUAUGCUUGCAUGUUGGAGGCAGCCAUAUCUAAUUAUCAUAAUGUAAUUUACUACUGCAGAAAGCAGUUGUAAUGUUGUAUCAUACCAAUUAGUUUUGCAAUUGGCUAAAUCAUGUGUAAGAAUCUCCACGAACUGCAUUAAUGUAUCAUGUAAUUUAUGAUUUUUUCACUGAUAUUUGUUUGAAUACUGAAAAGAUUAUAAGUUUUGAGCUUUCACAUCACACAAAUGUUCUUGAUAUAAAAUAUAGCAGUAAAGAGUAAAAAUUCUGCAAAAAGAAUAGGCUACAUACCCUUUUCAAACUCUACUGUUGUAAAUUCUGAUUAAUUUGUGCGAGACUUUUUUUGCUUAAAGAUUUUAAAUUGUCUCACAGAUAAGCUAGCCUAUUUAGGUAUCUCAAUUUUCUUACCUUAUUUAGUAAAAGGCCAUUUAUUUUCAUUCAACUCUAGACAAUUUUACUUUCAUAACUGAUAUGACCUUCUUUAACAUUUCUAAGGAAAAUACUGCUUUGAACCCCUGGAAAUGCAUAAAUAAAAAGAAAGGCCUUCUCAGUUUGAGACAAAGCCAAGCACAGGCCUCUCAAAUAACCUUAUCCCAAUGCCCAUACUUAAAAUUAGGACACUAGACAUUAACUAAAAGCAAACUUCUGACGUGUACAAUGAAAGUUCCAUAGUAAUUAAGUCUAUUUGAUGAAUGAAUGGUCCCCACAUCUUGCAGUACUUCUCUAAACAGACUAUACAACACUGCCUGCUAACAAAAUCCAUUCAUCUUACCUAAUAAACAAAAAAAUACUGGAAAUUAAAUAUAUGUGUAAAUUAGAUGUGAUUAACCUUUCAAAAAGCACCUUUGUUUUUCAUUUCUGGUCUUGUCAGUAGACUCAUAUUAAACUAUAAAUAAAGAAUGGUUCAGUGCAAUCAACAACUGAUGAUGUUGAUUUUUUUCUGUGAAUUAGAAUGGAAUAGAUGUAUUAGGGUCUGUUAUUGCAUUAGAACAAAGAUUUGUGAAUGUGAAAUGUUUGUACUGAGUAUUUGUAUGUACUGUGUCUUACUAAUACAUCAAUAAGUAUUUCAGAAAAAAGUAUCAUGCUCAUGUUGGUAACUGUGCAUAAUGAUUCUUUCCAGUAUUGAUUUUCAUAUAUAAAACUCCUGUAUCACUCCUAAGUAAAAAAUAAAAAAAAUUCUGUAAUCUUCAAAAUGUGCUCAAUUUUUUAAAAUUUGUUUAACAUCUAUCUAUUUCUGUAUAUUAUUAUACACAAUGCAAGAUUUUUGUUAUAUAUAUUUUUUAAAUAUCUUAUAUCAUUUACAUCAAUGUUAUGUAUAUCAACGAAGAUAUUGCAUAUCUAUGAGUGUGACUAUAAGACUAAAUGUAUAUGUUACUAUCUGUGUGAAGAAUCAAGACUACUAAAAUAAAUGGUGGACAUAUCUUGCACACAUGAAUUUC